UUCUUCUUCUUCUUCUUCUUCUUCUUCUCUUCUUCCUCUUCCUCCUCCUCCUCCUCCUCCUUCUCCUUCUUGUUGCCAGGUGAUAAUGUUUGACCAGGAUGAUUUGCCUGUCCCUUGGAUGUUAUCUGAGUAAUGGCAUCUGUAUCGCACCUAACUCACCAUGAUGUGACUGCCUCAGUCAAUGGCAUCUCUGCCCUGCGACUCAGGGGACUGAGGCAAGAUGUCCACAGGCUUUUCCUGAUGGUGCCCUUAUUCUUAGGAUGCUGGCCUCAAUCUUUGACAUAAGACACAGCAUCGAACCUCCACCCUCGAAUCCAAGAAUGGCUGCAUUUACCAUAUGUCUGGCUCUGAGGAGAAUUUUACUCCCAUACUACGCUGGUUCCACCUCCACUAACAGGUCCUUAACUGGGAACCUGAGAGGGUUGAGUGGCUUCUACUAAAGUCACAAGCCUGUAUCUGGGUGAGUUCUGAGCUCUACAACAAACUUUCAAGUCCAGGCUGUGACCUGAAGUCAGAUCUUCUUUGAGUGUCACCUCUUCCCUUCCUUAAAUACAUACAGGUUCUUGAUAUAUGGACUCAACUUCAGGUGGGGCAGCCUAGCUGAGGUGAAGGAUCCUGAAUGCCAGGAUCUCAGCAUUAGGCAUUGAGUGUCCCCCAUCUCUUUCCUAUUUUUCUUCACAAUUUAAAGUUCUGAGGGUAUUUUAAUUUACUCCUAGUGUGGUGGUGGUGGGGUGUCCUGUCUGACUCCUCCCCACUCUUUUCUGUGCUUUAUUUCCUCAGCCAGCCACCCCUCCCCAAUCUUACUGUGUGACCUGUGACAUUUCCAUGUCAUUUUCCAUGUACCAGGCGCCACAUCACUACCCAGAGCCCACAGCCAAUGCAGUUGGUUGUUGUAACCACAUCCAUUGGCCACUCCCCUUCCCCAAAUGUGUUAGCUCUGUCCCUGUGCCCUCUUAUAAUCAGUCAAUCCCCACAUUUCCACCACUCAAGACUUGUUACACCCACCUCUCCUUUCCCCCAUCACGCUAGGCUAGGAAUAAGUUCUGAAGCCAGACUACCUUCCUCCCAUCCCUAGACUCUUUGUUAUGAACGGACCAACCCAGAACCGUUUUCUAAAAAAUACGUUGUCCUUUGCACUGGCAGAACUCCUGCGUAAAUUCUAACUCAGGUUCCAAAACACCUCCGGCCUGAGCCUGACCUUACCAAGCCUUCAGCCCCACCCUAGCCUAAGGGCCAAUCCAGGGUGUCUUCGGAGCUCCUGAGAGACCCAUCCUGAUUGGCUGAUGCGGAGUCUCGCAAAGCUCCGCCCCGAGGCGCUGGCCUCUGCAAGAACCCGGAAGUGCGAGCCUCGAGAUGGAGGGGCAUCGGAAAGUGGAGCUCAGCGAGGCCCUGGCGCUCGGGCCGGACUGGCGCCACGCCUGCCAUGCGCUGCUCUACGCGCCCGACCCCCGCAAGCUGUUCGGCCGCAUCCCGAUGCGCUUCGCCGUGCUGGUGAGGACGCGUCAUGCACGGCCGCUCCCCCGCCCCAGGGCUCGCGAGCCCGGGCCAACCAUCAUACCCUCCUCCCCCAGAUGCAGAUGCGCUUUGACGGGCGCCUGGGCUUCCCUGGCGGCUUCGUGGACGCGCAGGACAGCUGCCUGGAGGACGGGCUGAACCGGGAACUGCGCGAGGAGCUGGGCGAAGCGAUGUCUGCCUUCCGCGUUGAACGCUCUGACUACCGCAGCUCACACAUCGCGGCCAGACCGCGCGUGGUGGCCCACUUCUAUGCCAAGCGCCUGACUCUGGAACAGCUGCAGGCUGUGGAAGCCAGGGCACCUCAAGCCAAGGACCAUGGGCUGGAGGUGCUGGGCCUGGUGCGGGUACCCCUGUACGUCCUCCGUGAUGGUGAGGGAGGCCUGCCUGCCUUUCUGGAGAAUUCCUUCAUUGGAGCUGCCCGAGAGCAGCUACUAGAAGCCCUUCAGGACUUGAAACUUCUGGAUCCUGGCAUUAUUGCAAAACUAAAGAUCCCAGAUUCUAAGUAGAAUCGGACCAGCAUGGACCCCUGGAACCCAGAGGGCCUUGGUAUGAGGGAGGGAAGGACAAGUGGUCUCUCUUUGGGGUAUAAAGGAUUGUAGGUGGUGCCAGAUUAGCAACAGGGAAGGAUAUGCACUGUUUUCAACGGAACACCUUGUCUGGUGGCAUUAGGGAUAAAAGGCCUUUGUAGUAUCCCAGAGUCCUGCCUUAUACAUGGACAAACAGCCUGGAAGCUCCAGGUAUGUAUAUGUGUAGUUCGUGGUCACACACAGCCUGACACACUGUCAUCUGCCCAGUUUAACCAUGAUGUGGCAUUUGGCACAUCCCACUCCUUCCGGGUAAAUGGGAGGGUUUCUUCCCCAUCCGCUGUAAGGCUGCUGUCCUGUGUCCAGCCCAACCCAUGCCUGUUAGGGAAGCAAAGGAGAUGGCUUCUUUCUGAGAAUUGUCCUGUGUUACCUGGGGCUUGAGCAGAGCAGUGGGUUUCAGAAAGUGACGUAAGGGCCUACCCAGCCCUGCGCUCUAACUGAGAGUUGGAAUUGUCAAGGGCUUCUUAGGAGGCCUGAGACCUCAGUCCUGAUACCUGUCUUCCUGCGUGUUCAUCUUUGAGCUCCCAUUGUCUCUGUCUAGCCUGCCCUGCUUAAAAAAAAACAACCAAACAAACAAACCAAAAAAAAACAAAAACAAAAACAAAAAAAAACCUAGAGGCAUCUGGAAGAGUAGGCUGAUAUCUGGGCCUCCAAGUUCCAGAGCUUUUUCAAAAGGUACAGGUUAAUACUUGCUCAGUGCUAGGUAUGGUGACAGAAAUAGAGACCCACUGCUCUUGUCUUUAAGACUUCACAGUGAGGAGUGAGCACACAGCAUCAUAAAGAGCACUACACAGUAAGAAGUAGAAGCCCCUUCAGUCACAUGGUGUCCGUGGGAACCCUUUACUCUGCCACGUCAAACUUAUCUGCAUGAUGUAUAAAUUUGUGGUUGUUGUGUCCCAGUAAAACACCAAUUAAAAAAAA